AUGAAGUACAACGGUUGGAGAAUUGGAGUACUUCUCACAGUGCUUUUCCUGGGCGCAUCUGAAGUGGACGCCUUCUUCAAUUUCGGUAACCAUCAGCAACAACAACAGCAGCAGCCGCAAUCAUAUGAAGACCAAGUUUUGAAUAGUCCAUGCGACGGGUACUUGUGUCCCGAUACUUUGGCUUGCGUGGCACAACAGAAGGACUGUCCUUGUCCCUUCCCUAAAUCUCAGCUGAAGUGUGCUCUCCCCAGUAAUAAAUACGUUUGCAUAUCGAAACCAGCCACACACGAUGAAAAGCUAAUUGCUAUAUACGAUGAUCCUGUAAAAGGUCCUAAGGCAAAGAACAAAGGCCUUAGAGACUGUGGGUGGGUAUCCGAGGCUUACAAAAGUGGUUAA